AUGCUCGCGGUAUGCCUCAAAGCGAAAGCCCGAGAAGUACUUUUCGGACGGAGAUCGCUCUAUAAAAGGAGGUUCCUCUCGUUCUCAUUCUCAAAAACGCACUUGGCCUCCCCCUUCCCAACAGCUUGCAAGCAACUCCCUCGCACACAGCAUCCUUCUGCCUAUCUGCCCUUUCAGCAGCGGCACAGCUUAGCCGCUUCCUUCUCUCCCAACAGCACCCUAUUCUCCCACAGCUCGCUUCCCUUUCCUCCACUCACCAGCCAGCAGCACCUCAUACUCGCACAGCUCGCUUCCUCCAACACCAGCAGCAACGAGGCCAAGUCGCGUCAGAUAGUCACGCCGGCCGGCCUUUUGCCUUGUCCUUGUUUUCCUUUUUGCUGGUCUGCGCAGACCUCUCUUUUCUUCUUCGUGUCUCUGCAAGCCUGGCCAGGCUGUCGUGUCAUGCUGCUCUUCGGCAGCUCUUUUUUCUGCCGUGUCUUAGCUGGGCUCCCGCUUCUUUGCGGCUCCCCUCCACUGUCUUUGUCUUUCGCUGGCCUCUCGGGCCUUGUAGCUGCCUCGUGCAGCUCCUUCCGAGAAGUAUCAAGGGCCGUAGAGUUCCGCGACUACAUGUUCGACAAGCAGUCUCUGGAGGCCUUGAGCGAGUACCUCUCCACAUCUACGAAGCUGGAAAGGAUAGUCUUUGGGAACGGCUGUGCUUCCGAGAUAUGCAUGGCCGGGGCCAGCUUGUCUAGAGUGAUCGGUGCGUGCGACAGGGAUGUCUUCAUAGAGGGCUCCUUGCCGCGGGCGAUGGGCCACGUGAGCGUCAUCCAGGCGGCCGACCCUACCGGGCAGCGAUUGCGACGGGCUCUGCUCUCCUUCGAGCCGGAGCACUGGGCGUACGACUGGUCUUCCGACUCGGAGACGCUGGGUCUCAUGCCUUCCGUCACCAACGGAGACUUCGUCUGGACUCGACUACAUCCGGAUGGCAUCCUGACCUUGAACGUCACGGACGAGGAUAUGCUACAAGUGGAGUGGAGCGUUUGCGCGAACGAGCUCAAGAGCACGGCGCUACACUCUGCAGACGACGUCGCCUCAUUCGCCAGGGCUCCUCGCACUUUCGGCUCCCUAGAGAGCUUGACGGUCUCCUCGUGCGGAUCCAAGGGACUCACUUACUUCGGACGGCACCUAGCGGCGGAGACGCGCGUGAGACGCAUCCGUUCGGAGGGUCCGUUGGCGGACUCGGUGGCUCUGUUGAAGGGAUUCGAGGAAGGGCUCGUCGAGGGGAGACCCUAUGAGGCCGAGUGCACGUCGCAUCUCGCUCAUGACGGAUUGGGCGUGAGGCUCCGCAGGCUGGAGAAUCUGUGCUUCCUCAGGUGCUACCGUCUGACUCUGCACGUCCGAGUAGACGGUUGCAACGGUUUCGAGAGGAGGCGCUUCGACGAGACCAUGACGUUCCUGCUCGGGUGGUUCCCGAAGCUGGAGGCCCUGGAGGUGGACAUCGGCGGAGACUCUAUGGGCGGCCCUUACCAAGGGUGCGUCCCCAUAGGGCGCUUCGCAGCUGCGGUGCCGCGGACGUUGAAGGAGCUGCGGCUCGCUUUCGGUGGGGCGUCCACGCUCUUCUGUGCCGCGAGUCGGCUCCACGAGUUCUUAGAGGCAGCUCGAUGCCGGUUGCGGUAUCUCAGCAUCGAGGGCUGGGCAGCCGGAGCGGAGGCCCUAUCCAGAGUGGUACGGAUCGAGGGUCUCGAGCGACUUUGCAUACCUCAGGCUUGCACCUCCGUAGCAGGCUUGAGGAACGCUUUACGGAGACGGAUGAGAGAGCUCGACGUGGGAAUCUCGCUGCUGGGCAGGAGGGAUAUAGCAGAGUUCGCUCGCCUCGUCCAGAGCUUCGCCAGACCCACCCGUCCGAGCAAGCUGCUGUUGCGGAACGGCGUCCGAAGCGAGAUGAUGGGGGAGCUAGGACGAGCUCUGAGGGCAGCAGGAUGCUUCGACUACGUCUACACGUCUGCCGAUGAGAAGACGAUCACGAUCUGGCUCGCUCUGCCCGAGGAAGAAAAAGAUUGCCAAUGA